UCGGGAAGCCAGCCAGCUUCACAGCUUAAUGGUUUAGUUGUUUAGUUGUUCUUUGUUUUUAUUUUUUAACAAGAUCCUCAGGCUCAUAUCUGAAUAAAAGUAAGAAAACAAAGUAACUGCUUUCAAGUUUCUGACAUAAAAAGUUUUCAGGAAAAUUCUGGAGAAAAUUGGAAGCUUUGACAUGAAUGAACAAGUAACUCUACCAAAAAAGACUAAAGACUGGACCAAAGAGCAUGUCAAAAAAUGGAUAACUGAAGACCUUAAGAUUGAUGAAAAAUAUGGGCAAAUCCUGCUCAGUGAGGAAGUGACAGGACCGGUCCUGCAGGAAUUAACUAAGGAGGAUCUUAGAGACAUGGGGCUGCCACGGGGUCCAGCACUUCUGAUAGAACGUGCAUACAACAAACUGAAUACUCAUUCCCCUGAAAGUGGCAAUCAGGAUUCCAGACUGUUAGAUAAUGAAAAAUCCUCCACAAAAGAACAAAAAAAGCCCAAACAGAUAAAAAAUCAGGAAGAAAAACCAAUGUCAUUGAAUACGGAUCAUGAUCUCAGAGAGACAGAACAUACAAAAGGACAAGAAGCAAGUCUUAUGAAAGAAAAUGCACCGAGAGAAGCAGUGACUGAAGACAUGAAAGACAGUAACCUAGAAACAGAGCCGAUGUCUUGCAUGCCAUAUCCUUUUGAUUGUUUCCAUGCCAGCAAACACUACAUAGAACAUUCUAUUCUACAAGUUGCCGAAACAGGACCACUCAAUCUCAUUGACCCAAUACAUGAGUUCAAAGCUCUCACAAAUACUGAAACAGCCACAGAACAGGACAUCAAGAUGAAAUUCAGCAAUGAAGUCUUCCGAUUUGCAUCAGCUUGUAUGAAUUCACGCACAAAUGGUACUAUCCAUUUUGGAGUCAAGGACAAGCCACACGGAGAAAUUGUUGGUGUAGAAAUCACCAGGAAAGAAUCUUUCAUUGAGCAUUUCAAUGUAAUGAUGAAAAAAUAUUUUGAAAAGGAUGAUAUCAAUGAAGCCAAAGAAUGUAUUCGAGAACCAAGGUUUGUGGAAGUCCUACUGCAGAAUAAUACACUAUCUAAUAGAUUUGUCAUUGAAGUAGAUGUUAUUCCCAAACAUUCUAUAUGUAAAGAAAAGUAUUUCCAAGUUAACAUGCAAGGCUAUACAGCUAAAACACAGAAACAAGACCAAAAUCCUUCACUCUUUGUGAGAGAAGGGGCAACCACUCCCGAUAUAUUGGCUAAUGUCAAGCAACGAGAUAGAAACAAGAGAAAAUUUCAAGAAAAAUUAAAGUCAUCGAUAACACUGAGAAAAGAGGCUGAAGAAGAACACAGAAGGAAGGUGACUAAGAAAGAGAGUGAAGGACUAAAACUGGCUAAACUUUUCACUGGAAACCAAGACUCACUAGAUAACUCAUACUAUGACUGGUACAUUCUUAUAACAAAUAGUAGUGAACCAAAUCAAACAAAGCACUUAGAUUUUCUAAAGGAAAUUAAAUUGUUUGCUGUGCUGGAGUUUGAUCCUUACUCUCAGAUCAAGGGAGUGGUCAAAGCUUACAGAGAAAACCGGAUAGCAAACCUUCACCUACUGGAUCAGUACGAAGAAAAAACUACCAUAGAGGAGAAGAUUUCUACUAUGAAACUUUAUGACCAGCCCAGCUGGAUCUUCUGCAAUGGCAGAGUAGAUUUGCAAAGUGACUCAUGUCAACCACUAGAGCCACAUUUAUGGCAGAGAGAUAGAGCAUCCGGAGUUAGGAAACUAAUUUCAUUUCUCACAGAUGAAAAUAUAUUGCCAAGAGGGAAAUUUUUGGUGGUGUUUCUCUUGCUUUCUCCAGUAGAAAACCAAAAAAAUCCACUCAUAGAGACUUUCUGUGCUUUUUAUCAAGUUUUUAAUGGAAUGGAAAAUAUGCUGUGUAUCUGUGUCAACUCAGAGAUUUACCAAUGCUGGAAAGAUCUACUACAAGUAAGACUGGAAAUCGAAAAAGAUUUAGAAAACCAUAGCAUUUCCACUUUAAAUAUAGAAUUGAUCAACAGUACCAUCCUUAAACUGAAAUCAGCAAUUCAGUCUUCAAGAAGGGUUUUGCCCUCCUAUGGAUCUUCCUCGGUGUUCCUGGAGAAGAAGGAGGAAGACAUCCUGACUGCACUGGAAAUCCUCUGUGAAAACGAGUGUAAAGACACAAAUAUAGAGAAAGAUAAAUCUAAAUUCUCAGACUUCAAGAAAUCAAAAGAAGAGCAUUUUUAUCGAGGUGGCAGAGUCUCCUGGUGGAACUUCUAUUUUUCUUCUGAAAACUAUUCUUCAGCUUUCGUGAAAAGGGACAGUUAUGAAGAACUUGAUACUUUAAUACACAUUUGCGCAGAAUCUCCUAAGCCAUUAUUUGCAAAAGUCAUCAACCUUUACCAUCAUCCGGGUUGUGGUGGUACAACAUUGGCUAUGCAUGUUCUCUGGGACUUAAAGAAGAAGUUCAGAUGUGCGGUCUUAAAAAACAAAACAACUGACUUUGAAGAAAUUGGAGAGCAAGUAAGCAAGCUGAUCAGCUACAAGACCAACAGCCACCAAGAUUACAUCCCUGUUCUUCUCCUUGUGGACGAUUUUCAAGAACAGGAAAAUACCUACAUUCUGCAGAAUGCCAUCAAUUCCUAUUUAGCAGAGAAGGGUUUGCGGUAUGAAAAAACAUUAGUAAUUAUCUUAAACUGCAUGAGAUCUCAGAAUCCAGAUGAAAGUGCCAAAUUAGCAGAUAGCAUUUCACUAAAAUACCAACUUUCUCCCACAGAACAAAGAGCUUUUGAGGCCAAACUACAAGAAAUUGAAAAGGAGUACAAGAAUUGUGAAAACUUUUAUUCCUUCAUGAUCUUGAAAAGCAAUUUUGACACAUCCUACAUAGAAAAUGUCGUAAAGAAUAUACUAAAAGAACUGGAUGCUCAUCAGAAGAAAGCACAGCUCAUUUCUUUCCUGGCAUUACUCAACACCUAUGUUACUGACUCUACAAUUUCAGUAUCACAAUGUGAAAUCUUUUUGGGAAUCACAUACACUAAUAAAUUUCGGCAACCUGAAAGUGUAGAAGACAACAUGGGAACGUAUUCUACACUUCUAAUAAGAACAGAAGUUUUAGAACAUGGAAGAUACACUGGUAUCCGUAUGAUUCACCCUCUCAUUGCUGAUUACUGUUUAAGGGAACUGGAAAAAAGCUGUAACAUGGAUAAGUGCCAAAUUGCAUUGAACAUACUAGAAGAGAAUAUAUUCUAUGAUUCUGGAAUAGGAAGAGACAAAUUUAAACACGAUGUGCAGACUCUUCUGCUUACAAGACAGCGAAAGGAGCAUGGAGCCGAAACGGACACUUUGUUUUCCCCAUUAAUUGAAGCUUUGCAGAAUGAAGAAACUGAAAAGGUCUUGACUGCAGGAAGUGAUCGAUUCCCACAAAAUGCAUUUAUUUGUCAGGCCUUGGCAAGGCAUUUCUAUAUUAAAGAGAAGGACUUUAAAACUGCUCUGGUCUGGGCAAAUUUGGCCAAAAAGAAAGCACCUAAAAAUUCCUAUAUUUCAGAUACACUUGGUCAAGUCUACAAAAGUGAAAUCAAAUGGUGGCUGGAUAAAAACGAAGCCUGUAGGACUAUUAGUGCUAAUGAUCUAAAGCAUUUUCUAGAAGCUUCUGAAAAAGCCUCAAAGGCUUUCAGAGAUUCUCAGCAGCAAACUGACAGUAAAGACUAUGAAACUGAGGCCUGGUCACCACAGAAGUCUCAGAGAAGAUACGACACAUACAAUACUGCUGGUUUCUUCGGAGAAAUUGAAGUAGGUCUCUACGCGAUUCAGAUUCUUCAACUCACCCCCUUUUUCCACAAAGAAAACGAAUCAUUAAAAGAAUCGAUGGUACAGUUUCUAUCCGGAAAGGGCAACAUCCCUCCAGAUCCAAAGAAUGAGUAUUAUGUGGUUCUCAGCCAGUUUGCACCCCACUUACAAAAUUUACAAACAGAUUUGAAAAGAUGCUUUGAUUUUUUUGUUGAUUAUAUGGUUCUUCUGAAACCAAGAAACACCCCAAAAGAAAUAACAGAACUCUUAGUGAGCAAGAAAGUCAGCCGUUGUUUCAAGAAAUACAUAGACCUUUUCUGCUUGGAUUCAAGCUCAUUACAAGGCAAAGAGAUUCAGUUAUUCCAGGAAGAGAACUGCAGAAAACGCAUAGAGGCUUUGAGAGCAGAUACAUUUUCUGGACUCCUAGAGUAUCUUAAUCCAAACCACAAAGAUGCUGCAACCAACAUGGAAAAUAUAGUGAUUAGCUACACCUUCCUAUUACAGCAAAACCCCAAUAAGCGGCCGACAAAGGAAAAACAAAAUUUCAUUUUGGCCAAUAUCAUUCUCAGUUGUCUAAAACCCAAUUCUAAACACAUCCAGCCAUUUAUUUUGUUAAAAAAACAUCUCAGAGAAGUUCUGCAACAUGUAGGACUAUGUCAUCCACACCCUGAUCCUUAUUUCCUGGCCUGCCUCCUAUUCUGGCCAGAAGACACAGAGCUAGAUCAAGAUUCUGAACAAAUAGAAAGAUAUGUCUCAUCCCUAAAUAGAGCCUUCAGGAGACAGUACAAGCACAUGUGCAGGGCCAGGCAGCCAAGCACACUUUUGUACCUAGGGAAAAAGAAAGGUCUUAACAGUCUUGUUCACAAGGCUGAAAUCGAGCAACUUUUUGGUAAAGUACAAGACUCAAAUUCCUUCUGGAAGAGUGGAGAUGUAUGGGAAAGAAAAGAACUCAGAGACUUCCUGCGUCGACUGGAUGGUCAGGCGGAAGGCAGGCUAAUCUCUGUAGAAUAUGGAACAGAAGCAAAAAUAAAAAUACCAGUGACGUCUGUGUACUCAGGUCCACUUAGAAGUGGCAGAAACAUAGAGAGAGUGUCUUUCUAUCUGGGGUUUUCCAUUGAAGGCCCUCUGGCAUAUGGCAUAAAAGUAAUCUAAGAAGGUGCAUUAUUUCAAAUCUGUUUUUCCAUAUCUAAGAUUGCACUUCCUCUUUUAUCUCAUAGCUUUUUAAUGACAUUAUUGGCUUAAAUUUUUUAAAUCCCAGUCUGUUGCUGUCUCUCUGAAUCAAUUAUAGAAGACUUUCUAGGACAUGAAAUGUGUCCACAUGGCAGAGUUUGGCACAUGAUAGCAUUAAUCAUUUCAUAUCUAAUACGCAUUCCCAGAUUGACAUAUUUAGUUAACAUGUUUCAGUUGGUUUCUACUGGUCACACCAUAACUGGCCAAUAAAAUCUGUCUUAAAUUCAA